AUGGCGGCUCAACACCCAACAGCAGCGCUCCUCUUGUGUGAAGUGGUGAUGGAGAUCCUCUCUUGGGUUCCUGCAAAGCCUGUCACGCGCCUCAAGCUUGUGUGCAAGUCAUGGAACUCCAUCAUCUCCCACCCUCACUUCGUCAAACUUCACCUUCACCGUUCACCCAAAAAUGCCAUCCUCCUCUUUACGCGAGCACAAGCGCUCACCCUCGGCGGAGAAGAAAAACAGAGCUUAGUGUUGAGUAGCGUUGAAUCUUUCAUCCAAAAUCCAUCAUCCUCUCUUGAUGCUCAAGAGAAUCGCCACUCUCUACAUGUAGAAGACUGGGUUUCGGGUUCAUGCAACGGGUUGGUUUUAUUUCAGGGAACUCGCCUUGCUUAUGUGUCAAUGCGCAUAAUGUUAUUGGGUUUGGGUAUGAUGAGUCAAGUGACAGUUACAAGGUAG